GUACCUAGUGCCUACUAUCCACAUUCCACAGGCUACAGCUUCCUGCUCCUGCUUCAGCUUGGCUCUGGUGCGACCAUGGCGGCCUAUGCGGCUUCCGUAGGUUCUUCUUCUUUACUCCGACGAGCUCUCUUUCUUCCCAUUUCCCAUCCCCGUCCGUCGUUCUUCCAACCCUUCUCAGCUUCUCGCUUCAAUUCCUCCACCAGCACCACUGCCGUUACCCGCCCAAAACCACCAAUUUGCGUGGCCGUUCGCGGUGGCCAGACCAAGCGAGGUGGGUCCUCGUCCAAGAACGACGAACUAGCUACUGCUUCUGAUCUUCAAUUCGAGACGCCGCUUAAAAUUGUCGAGUACCCAGACCCUCUACUGAGAGCGAAGAACAAAAAAAUCGGUACUUUUGACGAGAACUUGAAGAAAUUGGUAGACGAGAUGUUCAGUGUUAUGUACAAAACUGAUGGGAUUGGACUGUCAGCACCCCAAGUAGGAGUGAAUGUUCAGCUAAUGGUUUUUAAUCCUGCUGGUGAACCGGGAGAAGGGGAGGAGAUUGUGCUCGUUAAUCCGAGAGUUAGUAAGAUCUCAAAGAAGAGGGUGCUUUUCAAUGAAGGAUGUCUUUCCUUUCCUGGGAUAUAUGCUGAUGUAGAGAGACCUGAAUCUGUAAAAGUUGAUGCUAUGGACAUUAAUGGUGCAAGGUUUAGUAUCAGCUUGUCGGAGCUUUCAGCUCGGGUUUUCCAGCAUGAGUUCGACCACUUGGAGGGGAUUCUUUUCUUUGAUAGAAUGACAGGAAAAGUACUCGAAACUAUUUUUGCAAAGCUACAGGUCAGUGCCUUAGAAAAGAAGUAUGAAGACAAAACUGGACUCGCUAGCCCUGAAAAGGUACAAGCACCAAUAAAAAGAGUUGCUGUGGGCUUUGGAAAGUCAUGAUUUUGUACACUUGGCCUAGGCAGAUAAAUCAGGUUCAGUUUGAUGUUAUUAUUAUCGUCAUCAAAGCUUCCGCCACUUCUCUAUGCCACGCUCAGAAACUAUGUAGAGCUGGCAAGUGGACCGAGCAUCACCAUGCUUUGUGAGAUAGAUUGUUGGUUAAAAGUGAUAGGGUAAUUUAGUUGCUGGUAUGGAAAUUCUAGGUUCUGGGGUCGGCAGAUAUAUUGAAUAUGCUAUAGGCUCUUGUACCAAUAUUCUUGUAAGAACACAUUUUUCUGAGAACCAGUUGCUGUAAUAUCAUCUGUUGUUUUAUUGCACGUCCUUUUUCUUACAUUUCUUUGUAACGAUUGGAAAAACAUAUCUAACACUUUAAUCUGAUAGAAAGAACAAAAACUUUAUCUACUUCUACGUCUAGUAUUCACUAUUCAGUAAUAAUGGAUGCAAGCUUUCUAAAGUAGUACUGAUGCACUUUUUUGCUUCUGGCUAACAUUGCCUACUUCAUUGGUACAUACGUAUUAUGUAUCAUACAAUACAUGUUGCCACCUUGCAACACCAGGCUAAGCCAAGCAACCGUAAACCGGAGG